AUGUCUAAAUUGCUUGAAUUCAAGAUUUCAAAUGUUGUAAAUCUAAAAUUGUGGCCUAAUCCACGAACAACAAUAAUUGCAAACAUUUACUUCUUUGGAUAUUGUGAAAUUGAAUUACACAUUCAAGGCAUUAAAGAAGUCUCUGCCAUAUAUUGUAGGUGUUCUUGGAGAUUGUUUGUUACCAAGCUAAUUGUUGAUGGCGUAGUUAAAAGUUUUAUUUUUGGCGAGAAUCGUAGAACAUGUGAUUUGAUAAUUGGGUAAUGGAGGAAAAUUGUUAGAGAUGAAGACAUAUAAUAGUAUAGGUGAUUAUACUUACAAUAGAUAAUUUUUAGAAAUGAGAUACUUGAUUGAAUUGCCAGCUGGUAAUAGUUAAUAGAUAUUGAUUUUGAAUAGGCGAUGAUCCACUUGUGAAAACAAGCGAUUACCUUUAACAUGAUUUAGGAUUUACCACCUUUUAGGACGAACUUUAACAUAAUGUCAUAAAGAGAGUGCCACACGAUAAAUAUAUGCUCUGA